AUGCCACCAUCUCGGACAAAACCCGGGCCAGCUUUUGAGCUUCGGUUCUGUGACAAUAAUAUCGUACAAGUUUAUGACCUAACACGUCGUCAGAAACCAGCCGAAAAACACUUGCUACCCAAUGAAUAUCCAAUUGAUGAUGUUCUGAAAGGAAGACUGCGAUACUCUAAAUUAGGAAAUCAACGUUUAAGUAGACUUUCCGGAGGCAGUAGUAAAUUCCAAGCAUUUCAGCUAGCACUGUCCCGCCAACACUCAAAAGAAACGCUUGCAGACAUAGAAACGGAGUCCAAUGAAGAUAACGACGAACAACUAAAAGAUCGCAGCAAUUUACCCACAAAUAAGAGUGGUGGCAAUAUUGGGAUUGACGGUGGCGGUAAUAAAAGACGAAGACGAAGAGAGCGAACAAGGACAACAGGGUCAAAAUCAGAAUCAGAAUCAGAAUCAGAAUUUAAAUCUAAAUCUAAAUCCAAUACAAAAGAUUCAAUUUAUCCUUCGACUUCCAAUUCAACCAAAAUUCCUGUGGUUGUGAAACGCCAGAUUGAAAUGGACGAAAAGGAAUUGGCAGAAAUAAGAAAAGGACAAGAGGCCGUCCGAAAGGCAAUGGAAAGAAAGGCCAAAAUCCAGAAUGCGCGCAAGAAUGCCAAAAGAGUAAUCGAAAAAGAAGGUCUGGUGGAUACAAACGAUAAUGAAGUAUGUCACACCAACACGCGCCCGGCUUUAAACGGUGUGAAUGAUCUACCUAAUAAUAAUAAUCACUUUACAUGCAGCAAGGUGCCAGAACAGCAGACAGUAUUGGAACACUCAUCAGGGAAAGAUGCAUCAGAUAAAAUGCUUUAUGAAAAGGUUUCUGAACAAGAAUCUUUUGAUAGAGCAAUUCAAAAAUCAUCAUUUUCAGACAUCAAUACACCCAUUCCUGCCAAGAUUUCUCGUAUCCAUUCUACAAACGACUCCUUUGAAUCCAAUGGCCGGACCAGUGGGGAGACAGUAGACACGAUAAUCACUUCACAAAGAGUUCCGACAAAAUAUUUCAGUCUCGCCUCGCCUACACCAAGUCUUCAGCUAUCACACUCCAGACGUUCGUCCAAUGAGACCCAUUUACCCCCCUUGAUAGAAACCGAUUCAAUUCAUAGCAAUACCCACAUCAAGCAAGCACAUCAACCAGAACUAGAACCAAAACGAGAACGAGAACGAGAACGAGAACUAGAACAUUUGGAACAACCACAACACCCAGAGCCAACAAAAUUCCCUCAUAAUCACAAGCAAAAAUAUCAAUAUCAUGAACAACAACAAGAAUAUCAUCAAAACCAAAGAGAGUUGUUCUCUACCUCAACAUCAGCAGGCUAUGUCGGAAAUGCAGAAUGA